AUGGAGGUGCUGACGGCCGUUGCAGCGUGGGCUUUCGCGUCGGCCUGCCAUAGCUUGCCUGGCGCUUGCAAUUACCUCGACAGACACUGCCCACGAGGAGAUGCUGACCUGAAGGCUCUUGAGGAUAGCCUUUCGAGCACUGCCAAGGUGUAUUUCCCCGGGUCCAGCGGGUUCACGAAUGCCACCACCCGGUGGUCUGUUCUGGAAGAGCCCAAGGUCAAUGUUGUUGUUGUCCCUGGCACGGAGAAUGAUGUUGUUGAGACUGUGAAAUAUGCCAACAAGAAGAACCUCCCCUUCCUCACGUACAACGGUGUGCAUGGAGCCCUCGUUUCCCUGGGCAAGAUGGAUCACGGUGUUGGCAUCUCUCUAAACCAACUCAGCAGCGUCGAAGUCGCCGAGGAUGGAAAGACGGUCACGAUUGGCGGUGGAACUGUGUCCAAGAAGGUCACCGAUGAUCUCUGGGCUGUAGGAAAGCAGGCUGUUACCGGAACCUGCGAAUGCGUCAGUCUUCUGGGGCCUGCGCUUGGUGGUGGACACGGCUGGCUCCAGGGUCACCACGGACUUGUCUCCGAUCAGUUCGUCUCAAUGAACGUCGUGCUGGCCAACGGUACGUUGACCAAGAUCGACGCAAACUCCGAGCUGUGGUGGGCGAUGAAGGGUGCUGGACACAACUUUGGCAUCGUGACCUCCCUCACCACCAAGGUUUAUGAGAUCGAGCACAGCGACUGGGCGAUCGAGACCAUCAUCUUCAGCGGUGAUAAGGUCGAGGCUGUCUACCAGGCCGCCAACGACUACAUCGUGAAGAAUGGCACCCAGCCCGUUGGUGUCAUCAACUGGUCGUACUGGAUGAACAACGCUGAUGCUGACCCUAACAACCCCGUCAUUGUCUUCUAUAUCAUCCAAGAAGGCGUCAAGGCCGUCGAUUCGAUUUACACCAAGCCUUUCCACGACCUUGGGCCUAUUUCCGCCACAGCUCAAUCAGGCACCUACAAGGAUCUUGCUGGGUGGACCAGCAUCGCCGUCGAUUCCCCUCCUUGCCAGAAGCUCGGAUACGCCAACCCUCGUUUCCCCAUCUACCUUGAGCAAUACAAUGUUUCUGCCCAGAAGAAGGCUUGGGAUAUCUACGCUCCUGCUGUCCGGGGAUCUUCCGCCUUCAACAACUCGAUUUUUAUGUUCGAGGGCUACUCCGUCGAGGGCGUGCACGCCAUCCCUGCCGAGUCGUCCGCUUUCGCUUUCCGUAGCGAGAACCUACUUGCGGCCCCUAUGAUCAACUAUCUGCCCGCCGGUCCGGCCCUUGAGCGCAAGGCUGCCGAUCUGGGUAAUCAGCUCCGUGACAUCCUCUCUGAAGGCACUGGCCGCAAGGACUUCCGCGCAUACAUCAACUAUGCUUACGGAACCGAGACCUUCCAGCAGAUUUACGGCAGUGAGAAGUGGCGCCAGCAGCGUCUGCGGGAUCUGAAGCACAAGUACGACCCUCAGGGUAAGUUCAGCUUCUAUGCUCCUAUCGCAUAA